GUGACAGUCUGACAGUGUCGAUCGCACGUGUUUUUGGAUUUGUUUUCAGCAGACCGAUCUAUUUCAAUUACUACAUUAAAUGGUCAUAAUACUUACAAAUAUUAAAAAAUGAAGAUUAAAAAGGCAGCACCGAAGCCUUCACUGGCAUACACAAGCAGUACUGACUACAGUAAACCUCCUAAAAUAGCAAAUCCGUUAUUACAAUGCCUCGGAGCGCCUCAUAUUGACUCAUUCAACUACAUGCUCCAUGAUGGUUUGAAAAUUGCUAUACAAGAUUUAAUUCCAGCCCAGUUUGAGGGCCCUAAUGGAGAAAAGGUUAAAAUAACUAUAGAUGAUGCUGCGUUUAUGAAACCCAGUGUUCCAAUGGAUAUUGUGGGUGUCAAGAACCAACAAGUUUGGCCUACAGAAUGCAGACAGAGAGCGGCCACAUAUAAAGGAGAUUUUAAGAUUAGAAUGACUGUGAAUGUUGAUGGUAAAAGCAUGUCAGUGGACAAGUCUAUGGGAAGUCUACCUAUCAUGGUUAAGUCGAAAAUGUGUCACCUAGCAGACUUGUCUCCUGAAGAGCUGGUGCAGCACAACGAGCAUGCUGACGAGUGGGGCGGAUACUUUAUAGUCAAGGGUCAUGAGCGUUUAGCAAGGAUGUUACUAGUCACUAGAAGGAACUAUCCAGUUGCCAUAAAGCGGCCAUCUUGGAAAAUGAGAGGAAACUUGUUUUCUGAAUAUGGUAUCUUAGUCAGAUGUGUCAAGAGUGAUCAAACUAAUACUAACAACGUCCUACAUUUUCUACAAAAUGGCACGUGCAAAUUAAUGUUCUCCCAUCGCAAAGUGAUGUACUAUGCUCCACUACUGCUCAUCCUGAAGUGUCUGGUCGACUGGCCCGAUCAUUACAUAUACAGACUGCUGCUAAAUGGAAAGAAGAACGACCUGUAUUAUAUGAACUGCAUACAAAACAUGCUCCGGGAGCUACACGAAGAGGGUCUCCACACGAGGUCUGAGUGUCGCUCGUACCUCGGCCGCAUGUUCCGGUCGCGGCUGCACGAGCUGCCCGCCAGCGCCGCGGCCGACGACGCCGCCGCGCUGCUGCUGCGCCGCUGCGUCAUGAUACACCUCCCCGGGCACAAGGACAAAGCGCACGCGCUCUUGUUCAUGGUGCAGAAGCUGUUCGAUCUGGUCCAGAAUAAGUGUAAGGUGGAAGGCGCGGACGCGGUGAUGAUGCAGGAGUUGCUCCUCGGCGGUCACCUGUACUUGCAGGUGCUGAAGGAACGGCUCCAGUCCACCGUCGACGUGGUGAAGAUGCUGCUUGUCAGGAAGGCUAACGCCGCGAAGAAAGUCAACAUUUCUGCUACUCAACUGCCUGAUCUGCUCAAAAUGGCGGGAAAACUUGAAUCCAAAAUGGAGACGUUUCUGGCGACAGGCAACGCCCCAUCGAACAACGUUGCCCUGCCUCAGCACAAGGGACUGACUAUAGUCGCCGAAAACAUCAACAGAAUGAGAUAUAUGUCUCAUUUCAAGGCUAUACACCGCGGCUCAUUCUUCAUGGAGAUGCGCACUACAGAGGCGCGACAGUUGUUGCCCGACGCGUGGGGCUUCGUGUGCCCCGUGCACACCCCGGAUGGGGCGCCCUGCGGCCUUCUCAACCACCUGACCAUGCACGCCCAGGUAACCCAAUGUCCUGAUGCAAAACAAUUAGCGAACCUUCCAUUCGUGCUCGAGAGAUGUGGCCUGGAGCCAAUCAGCUCAAUGACCCAAACGCCACUAACUCGCGAUGUAUACAAGUACCCAGUGUUCCUGGACGGACGCCUGUUGGGGUACCUGUCUGAGGACAACGCCGAUAGCUCCACCGGCUACCUCAGGGCUCUCAAGGUCAAGGGGGAGGAGAUACCUAUCACCACUGAGAUCGUCUUCAUACCUAAGAAACAGAUACCCGCACAAUACCCAGGCAUAUUUCUAUUCACGACUGAAGCCAGAAUGAUGCGAUCCGUGAUCAACUUGGCUACUGGAGGACUAGAGUUGAUUGGUACCAUGGAGCAACUUUACUUGGAUGUAGCUGUGACACAAUCGGAAAUCAUCAAAGGUAAAACAACACAUCUGGAAUUAUCGAAGUCGGCAUUUAUGAGCAACUUGGCGCAGUUGGUUCCGAUGCCCGAUUGCAACCAGUCGCCGCGAAACAUGUACCAGUGUCAAAUGGGCAAGCAAACCAUGGGUACUCCCAUCCACACGUGGGCCACCAACGCCGACACAAAGCUGUACAGGCUUCAGACACCGGCCACGCCUCUGUUCAGACCCAGUCAUUACGACCACAUAUCUCUCGACGACUAUCCUAUGGGCACCAAUGCGAUCGUAGCCGUUAUAUCUUAUACUGGCUACGACAUGGAAGACGCUAUGAUAAUUAACAAGUCCUCGUACGAGCGAGGCUUCGCCGCCGGCACCGUGUACAAGGCGGAGUUCAUUGACCUCAAGACCACUUCAUCGUUCUUCCAACGGGACCCUAACAAGCCUGAGCUUGUUCCGUACAUCGACGAGGAUGGGUUGCCGCCGGUUGGUGCUAGAGUUCAGCCCGAGGAUCCGUUCUAUUGUUACUUCGACGGCGACAAGAGUCAGUUCGUGACACACAAGUACCGCGGCAAAGAAGAGGUGUUUGUAGAUAGUGUGCGGCUCUGCGGAGAUUUCUCUACUAGGUCUCCGCCUACAGCGUGUGUAGUGCUCAGGAUACAGCGUAACCCAACAGUGGGCGACAAGUUUGCCUCCCGCGCGGGUCAGAAAGGCAUCUGCUCUCAACGCUGGGCGGCUGAAGACCUACCCUUUACAGAGUCGGGGUUGAUCCCCGACGUGUUGUUCAACCCCCACGGCUUCCCCUCCAGAAUGACCAUCGCCAUGAUGAUCGAGUGUAUGGCGGGGAAAGCCGCCAGCUUGCAUGGACACGUCCACGACGCCACACCAUUCCGAUUCACAGAAAAGGACACAGCUAUCAACUACUUCGGUCGACUGCUAGAAGCUGGCGGGUACAACUACUACGGAACGGAGCGGAUGUACAGCGGUGUCGACGGCCGGGAGAUGACGGCCGACAUAUUCUUCGGGGUUAUACAUUAUCAGAGGCUCAGGCAUAUGGUGUCGGAUAAAUGGCAGGUGCGGACGACGGGCGCGGUGGACGCGAUGUCGCGACAGCCGGUGAAGGGGCGGCGGCGCGGGGGCGGGGUCCGGCUCGGGGAGAUGGAGCGCGACGCGCUGCUCGCGCACGGCGCCGUCUUCCUGCUGCAGGACCGCCUGUUCCACUGCUCUGACAAGAGCCAGGCGGUGUUAUGCACAAAAUGCGGCACCCUCCUCGGGCCAAUCAUUGGGCACAGCGAAGGUUCCAACUGUAGAUUGUGCGGCAAAGGAGAGUUAGCCACAGUGUCCAUACCGUACAUCUUCAAGUUCUUCGUCACCCAACUGGCCGCAGUUAAUAUCAAUAUUAAGAUUACGUGUAACGACCAACUGGCUAUUACUAAUUGAUAAAAUUGUUGGCAAACCCGCCAAUUGUCUUGCGUUUAUUCUAAUAAAACAUGCCUAGCGUAUAACUAGGCCACAAGUAAAUGCAAGCUAUAUACGUUAGGCGUGUUUUAUUACAGUUGUGUUGAAAAUAUAUUAUAAUAAUUUAAUA